CUUCGCGUCGCGGGAAGGUUAACUAUUGAAGAAGUGGAAAGGAUGGAAUCCAUUGGUUUAUUGAACAGUCCUGACAGAGUGAAAGAGAAGCCUAGUGAUGUGCCCAUUGAGAAUGAUGGUGAAAUCAUUGACGAAAGCAGCGAUCUCAAAAACGUCCGACUCUUACCAGUUUUGGAAGAAAAUCCAAACCAAACGCUUCGAGGACGUGACAUUAAACUUGAAAGUGAUGUCAAUGACGUUACAGAAAUAGUUGUUGAAUGCGAAGACGUCAAGCCCGAAAUUAAUUCAUUGAAAGUUGAAAAAGUUGACGAUGAGACCGCACGAGAAGUGAAACAGGAAUUUUCCCAUGAAGUUACAGAAGAUUCGAAUUUGAAUUUCGACUGUGAACUUAACAAACAUAAUAAAACAAGAGGAAUGGCUAAAAAGUUUGACAACGAACGUAACCUCAAAACGCACAUCGGUACAGUGCACCAGUGUACAAUCCACGUAUGUAAAAUAUGCAGUAAGAAUUUCUCAAGUAAGGGCAGUCUGCGUAGGCAUGACGAAUCGAUGCAUCAAUGUAUCACCCACUCAUGUGAUAUCUGCAGCAAGACAUUUUCACUAUAGAGUAGUCUCAAAGUUCACAUAGAUUCGGUGCACAAUGGUAUCAAAUAUACGUGUAAUGUACGUGAAAAGACAUUCACACGGAUGCGUGGUCUCAAAACCCACAUCGAUGCGUCGCACAGCGAUACCACUCAUGCAUAUGAUAUAUGCCAAAAGACAUACUAAACCAAGAAAAAUCUCCAAUAUCACAUCUGUAGGACGCACAAUUAUAUUAGAAGUAUUUGUCAUAUUUGCGGAAAAUCAUUUUCACAAAAGAGUUAUCUCCAAACCCACAUCGAUUCGAUGCACAAAGGUAUCAUGCAUCCAUGCGAUACAUGCGGGAAGAAAUUUACGCAGAAGGGUUAUCUUGAAAUUCAUAUGAAUUCUAUUCAUAAAAAAUAACUCAUACAUCCAUUACAUAAAGGCCGUAUGAAGGUAUCACAGAUGCACGUGGCGCAUGCCUAAAGGACAUUUACAAGACAGGAGCGUCUUCAAAACCAUGAU